ACUCUCAGCGUUCUCACCUCUCCUCCUUCACCAUGAAGCUGAUGGACAAAUUCCACUCACCCAAAAUCAAGAGAACACCAUCAAAGAAGGGAAAACCAGCUGAAGUGUCCGUGAAGAUUUCGGAGAAGCCUGUGAACAAAGAGGCAACAGACAGAUUUCUACCAGAGGGCUACCCUAUCCCCUUGGAUCUGGAGCAGCAGGCAGUAGAAUUUAUGUCCACCAGUGCUGUGGCUUCCAGGUCUCAAAGGCAGAAGAACCUGAGCUGGCUGGAAGAGAAAGAGAAAGAAGUUGUCAGUGCCUUGCGCUACUUUAAGACCAUUGUGGACAAAAUGGCUAUUGAUAAGAAGGUCCUGGAGAUGCUUCCAGGGUCGGCCAGCAAGGUGCUGGAGGCCAUCUUACCCCUGGUGCAGAGCGAUCCUCGCAUUCAGCACAGCUCAGCCCUCUCCUCCUGCUACAGCCGAGUGUACCAAAGUCUUGCCAACCUCAUUCGUUGGUCUGACCAAGUGAUGCUGGAAGGCGUGAACUCAGAAGAUAAAGAGAUGGUAACAACUGUGAAAGGGGUCAUCAAGGCCGUGCUGGAUGGAGUGAAGGUACUAGGCGCGCACGCCAGACGUCCUCCCAGGGGUCUGUCAUACAAGAACUCUCCCGAACCUUAA